AUGUCUGCAGCAGCUACCGGCCAUGCGCAAGACGACUCUACCUCAUUAAUCCCGAAUCCUACUUCCCCCAAUAUCAUAGGCGACUCUCAGUCUCGAAAUCAGUCCGCUUCGCAGCAGAUGGAAUCAGCGUCACACGCACAACGGCCGACAUCACAUAACAUCAGCAGCGGGGCAGUGGUGGCCGGGCCUCACGCGACCACGGCUGAUGACCCAUCACAUCGUCCGGGUCAGAGCAGUCGAAAUGGUGGCCAGGAGAAGAACAAGAGGAGCCUCGAUUAUGUCUUAAGGAGUGGACUCGCUGGAGGGCUGGCUGGUUGUGCGACAGUGGUUGCGCCUCUUGAUCGAGUGAAGAUCCUUUUCCAAGCGUCGAAUCCUCAGUUCGCCAAAUAUACAGGAAGUUGGACUGGACUUGUCUUCGCUAUUCGGGAUAUCAAGCGGCACGAAGGUGCCCGAGGCCUGUACCGAGGCCACUCAGCAACAUUACUUAGGAUUUUUCCUUACGCAUCCAUCAAGUUCCUCGCUUAUGAGCAGUUUCGAGCAAUAGUUAUACCGUCACGGGACAAAGAGACUCCAUUUCGUCGCCUUGUCUCAGGGAGCUUGGCAGGCAUUACCUCCGUUUUCUUCACGUACCCGUUAGAGUUGAUAAGGGUGCGGCUAGCGUUCGAGACCAAGAAGUCUUCGCGUUCAUCCCUUGUGGAUACCAUCCGACAAAUCUAUGGAGAGCAAGUUAAACCUCCUAAAGAGCUCUCGACCGGCAAAGGAACCUCCUCCGUUACCGGGACCGCUGCCGCUGCCGCGAAUACCGUUUCUUCGACUACGAGGAAUAUUGUUCCUAGCUCAGGGCUGGCCAACUUCUACCGGGGAUUUACACCUACGCUUCUUGGAAUGAUUCCGUAUGCGGGCGUGUCCUUCCUCACUCAUGACACAGUUGGCGACUGGCUCCGUUUACCGUUACUAGCCCCUUACACCACCAUCCCUCGAUCUUCGUCCUCGGGCCAUAAGAAGGAUCGGCAAAAACUGCAACUGACGGCCGCCGCAGAAUUAUUGUCAGGAGCAAUCGCCGGCCUUGUUUCCCAAACAUCUUCAUAUCCUUUGGAAGUGGUGCGCCGGCGAAUGCAAGUCGGCGGAGUCGUUGGUGAUGGCCGCCGUUUGGGCAUGGCGGAAACAGCGCGAAUAAUAAUGAUGGAAAGAGGAUUUCGCGGGUUCUUUAUAGGCUUGACGAUUGGUUAUCUUAAGAUGAUACCCAUGACGGCUACUGGUUUUUUUGUUUAUGAACGGCUCAAAUGGUCACUAGGGAUUUAGACCUGCUCUCUUCCUCUUCGAGACUGCUUCAUUUUUGCUAUCUGGUUUGGCGUCCUUCGGGCUGGGUGUCUCCUGAUGUUGGUAUCUUAUCAUCAUACCCGCUUCAUGUGCAUAUUUACGUUCUAUACAUAGUUGAACUAUGGCACGACCGCUGUA